CGGAGCCGAGCUGGCGGGUGACCCUGCGCCGCGGCUCGGAGCGGAGCGAGGUCACCCAGCGCUUCCAGAGACCUUGGCCCGAGGCCUGGUGGGCGCGGGUGGGGGCGGGGCAGCCGAGCCGCCCGCCAAUCAGCGCUUUGCUGGCCGAGAGCGCAGUGGCCACGCCCCUGAGGGUGACCGGAACCGUUCUCGCGGGAAGCAGGGCAGGGAGCGGCGCCUGGCCGCGGACAGACGAGGGGGCGUUGGCUACUCAGAACCCUAGGGAGAAAGUAGGGGAGAGCUAGAGUUGAGGAGAUUAAGGACAUUUGAGCAGCACAGGCAUUCCCAAGUUAUAACCUCCUGAAAGACAACUCCAUAGUGCGGACCCCUCUGCACCGCACAGCCUGACGGGAGCCUCAUCCUUCCAGGGCUGCCAGCGCCCGGGAGAACGCCUCGGCCCCGUCCACGGCCGCGAGGCACGCCGGGAAAGCUGAGAGUUCCUCCUUCCGCUAACCCAGACAGAAAAAGAGCAUUUCCGGCGUAAGACUGUCUUUACGGAAAGGGUGGGGCUAGUCUGAUCCCGCCUUUCACGCCUGGAGGGGGCGGGGCGAAGGGUGACAGCCUUUUUGCCGGUGCUCAGGCCCGCUCCUGCGCCGGAAGGAGGGAGGCGUGGGGCAUUAGCCUUUCCGAGCCGAGGAGUCUGUGCGACACAGGUGCGAAGUCACGUGAGCCGCUGUCUGUAGAGAGGGAAGGGGCGGGGCCCGGACGGAGGGGCGAGCGCCCCUAGUUCCCCCGGGGUCACGUGCGGCCGGAAGUUGCGGAUGCUGAGGAGAAUUGAAGAUGGGGACGGCCCUGGACAUCAAGAUUAAAAGAGCGAAUAAAGUUUAUCACGCCGGAGAAGUGCUCUCCGGCGUUGUGGUCAUAUCGAGUAAGGAUUCAGUCCAACACCAGGGAGUGUCUCUAACCAUGGAAGGAACUGUAAACCUCCAGCUCAGUGCCAAAAGUGUGGGGGUGUUUGAAGCUUUUUAUAAUUCUGUUAAGCCUAUCCAGAUUCUCAACAGCACCAUAGAAAUGGUGAAGCCAGGGAAAUUUCCCAGCGGCAAAACAGAAAUCCCUUUUGAAUUUCCUCUGCACGUGAAGGGUAACAAAGUUCUGUAUGAGACUUAUCAUGGCGUGUUUGUCAACAUUCAGCCUCAGAAGGGAAAGUUGACUCCCAGUCCUGUGGACUUCACGAUUACACCUGAAACCUUACAGAAUGUCAAAGAGAGAGCUUUACUUCCCAAAUUUCUCAUUCGAGGCCAUCUCAACUCAACAAACUGCGUCAUCACACAGCCGCUAACAGGAGAGCUGGUGGUGGAGAGCUCGGAGGCCGCCAUCAGAAGCGUGGAGCUGCAGCUGGUGCGCGUGGAGACAUGCGGGUGUGCAGAAGGCUAUGCCCGUGAUGCCACGGAGAUUCAGAACAUUCAGAUCGCCGAUGGGGACGUGUGCAGGGGCCUCUCUGUUCCCAUCUACAUGGUCUUCCCCAGGCUGUUCACCUGCCCUACGCUGGAGACCACCAACUUCAAAGUGGAAUUUGAGGUUAACAUCGUGGUGCUUCUUCACCCUGACCACCUCAUCACGGAGAACUUCCCGCUGAAGCUCUGCAGGACAUAGCCCAGAGGAGGGAGGCAGGGAAAACGGAGCGGCGCGUGGAAAUCCAGCUUUAUCCCAGCCCAAGGGAGCUCCAGCGAGCAGCAUAGACUUGUGUUUGUGAUUAUUCCGUGUCCGAAACGAAGUGGACCCGCAAGUUAACUCUUCGAGGCUUCUGCUUCCAAAAGCUGCCUCUAAUCAGACCUUUUCUUUGAAAUGCAACAAGAUUUCUUAAUGCUAUUUGCAAGACCAUUUCACAGAAAACACUGACUGUGGCUCCUGUGUUAACUGUUCCUUUUUAGGUACAGUGAAACAAUUGUGACAGCAGUUUGAGCUUUGCUGCAAAGUGGGAUCACGGGGAGAAAUGGAAACCUCUCUCCAAGUUGCCAACGCAUGUGGCUGGGACUUCCCCCAGCAAAGGGUCUGUGGCCAGUUGACAUCCAGGACGGCUGCAAGCACGCUCAAUGGAUAGGAAGUUUGUAGAUACUCUCCAAGGUGGAAGGCACAGGGCAACCUGCUAGCCACUGGAAAUGUGUGACUCCCCUCCACCCCCACUCUAUUCUAUAGUUCUUUUUAUAACAUUUUCAUUAUAACUUUAAAAUUUGCAGGCAACUGGAAAAGAGUUUUCCUUGCUCUCAUGGGGGUGUUUGGCUGGUGCUGAAGUGUUUCUGAAGUCUCAAGACCUGGCAUAAAAUCUCAUCCUGCCAUUUCCCUGAACAUAUAGAGACGGGGUUUUCCCUUUGUCACCCAGGCUAAACACAGUGGUGAGAUCACAGCUCACUGCAGCCUUGACUUCCCUGGCUCAAGCAAUCCCUCCCCUCAGCCUCCCGAGUAGCUGAGACCAGAGGUGCCACCACACUCAGUUUGAUUUUUAAAUUUUUUUAGACAGGUUCUUCCUAUGUUGCCCAGGCUGGUGUUGAACUCCUAGACUCAAGUGAUGUUCCCAUCUUGGCCUCGCAAAGUGCUGAGAUUACAGGUGUGAGCCACUGUGCCCAGCAGUUUCCCAGCAUAUAUUUAAAUGCAAAGUUACAUAAGGGGAAAACAUGUAUGUUUGCUCCUGUUGUUACUGUGUAGGUUCUGAACAGCAGGAGACCUGUGUGCAGGGCAGGUUGGUGAAGGCCCCUCUCCCCAAGGUGGUAGCAGGAAAAGGUCUUGACUUGAUAAACUUGGUCUGCCUCUGAGCCACCUAAGGAAGCUGUGUUUUGAGCCAGGAUUUUUUGGCCUGAAGCCAGCAUUUUCUCAGUCUCCCUUUGUGGUUCGAAGGAUAUGGUCUGUUGCAACACAUUUCUUUCUUCAAAUCCUGCCACUGUUUUGUUGGCCCACAAUUAAUAGGACCCUAAAAUCAGCCACACUGCUUUGCACACAUACUAGCCUUCCUUUGUACUUUUCAGUCUGGAUAGGCUUAGGCAAAACAGGCUCAGGCUGAAGGCCUCUCAAGCUGUAUCUAUUUCCAUGGACCUGAAACUGCGUUUGGGGACAUAAUGCCAAGGGUAAACAAGCCGGAUUUAGGCACAGCUUUACCCAGUGGAUUCACCCGUGAAAUGAUUAAAGCUUAUCUGAGUCACUUGAAACUUGGUUCCCAGAAAAUUCAUUUCUGGUUUAUGAAUCUCCUUUAUGCCCACAUGACAUUAUUCAUUAUCUGUCUUUGAUGAUGUGUUUAAACUUAGCAGCAGAAAAUAGAGGCCACACUUUCUGGGAAAUUUUAAAGGAAGAAACCAUUUUUAAUGAGAUGAAAAUAAUUUUAAAAACUAAUGACAAUUUUGAAAAAGGUUUGGGAUAUAUAUUACUAUAUAAUGUCUUUAAUAAACUGAUUUAUGGAUAUAAAUAUGA